AUGGAGGAAGUUUCUCCUCUAGAUAUGGAAGUCUAUGUAUCGACUUUUCAAUUAGCCAAGGAUCUUGAACCUGAACACAUACCCCUACCAGAGAACGUUACAGAGCUCGAAGAACUAACUGAGAAUGAUUAUAUUUCGCAUCCGAGUAAACAUGAGCAUAAAGGAAAGCUGGAGCAUGUUUCUCGUUUUCCUGGGGGAAAAGUUCAGGAUCCAACUCCGCUGCCAACUAGAAAACUCGACCUUACCGAACUACCUCUGCAGGCCAAUGAUUCAGAGAACGAGAUAUCGGUAAUUACAGAACCAAACCGGUCCGACCAAAAAGAAAAGCUGGAGGUUGUAAUUUCACCCCCUAAGAGAAAGGCUGAGGGACCAGCUUUUCAACCACCCGAAGAAAUUGACUCUGCAACUAUACCUCUGCAAGAAGACAAGGAAGAAAUCCACGGAUUUUUGGAGGCGGCAGAACAUCCUUUCGGUCAACCACCUCCUGCUGCAGUUGAGAUGUCCCAAUCAGCUGAUAUCGUCUCUGAGGACUAUGAAGAUAAUUCCCUGUUGCCGAAAUCACUUAAGUCUCUCGCCUCUGAGUUAUCUCUGGGGGGUGAAGUGCCUCACAUUGAAUUUUCUGUUGACAAUACCGAAAGAAAUACACGGCAGCCAAAUAAGAAAAAGGGGAAGAAAGGAAAGAAGGUCCGCAAAUAUACUGUGGGGGAGACUGAAACUGGCGACUUUAAGGCUUCAGAAGCGGAAGCGAGCAAAGAAGUUAAGUCGGAACAACCUGCAGGUACCGUCGAUUCUUCCGUUCAAGAUAUAAAGGAGCUUGAGUCAGUACCACAGUUUCCAGAGGGAGUUGACACUGGGCCUCCGUCGGAGAAGGCAACAAAUGAGAGUGCAGAGAUCAAUGCAACCAAUUACGUCUCACCACAUCCAAUAGGCGAAAUCGAUAUACAAAUCGACACGUCUACAAAGGCUUCUAAAAAACAAAAAAGAAAGGAUAAGGAGAAACAAAAGUUAUUGGAAGCCCCAGAGGGUCCGCCAAUUCAAUCAGGUUCUUCAAAUGACAUUCCCUUAGUCGACAUUGUUACGGAGCGAAGCACUGAGUAUGAGCCCAAAUCUGAGAAAUUAACGGCGGAGAAUGACAUCGUUAUGGGGGAAGCUACACCAGCAGGUUUACCCAAUGCCAUUAGUAAGGACGGGCAACCAGUGGAUGAUGUACAUCCAUUAUCUCAGUUGAAGGUUGUAGAAGAUCCAAUUAUAAACGCAAGAGCGUCUCCAUUGGCUGAAAAUUACCUCACCUCCCAGAAUACUGAACAAGAUAUUGGUCGAGACUGUCCCACAGAUACUGCUAUUGCGGGGAACGCCCUUCAACCUUCCCUCUGCAAUGAAGAGCUUGUUUCUAAGGAACUUGAGAGCGAUAAGUUGUUCCAACAUGAUACACCUGCAAUUGACACCCAAAAAUCAAAGAAAGGGAAGAAGAGUAAAAGGAAGCGCCAAUCGGUAAUUUGUGGUGAUGAGGCCUCUGGAGUCGAAAGUUUUCAGCCAAAGUCCGCGUCACUCCAUGGGGGUGAUGCCAAUGAACCUCAACUUGAAAUAGAGCCACUCCCCUUUACUUCAGUUAGCAAUCCUGGAACUAAAGCAUCAAAAAGCUCGAAAGAAAAGCGGAAAGCCAAAAAGGACAAGAAAUGGACAACUGAUGACCCUUCUACAACUGAAGAACAUCAACUGUCUAAGAGACUCGAGCGUGCUGAUGCUGAUGCAACUUCAGAGCCUUUGAGCCAUUCAAGGAUUGUGGAAAUAGAAGCUCUGGCGAAACCAACAUCUUAUUUACACGAAGAUGGGAUUGAAACAUCUAUAGCAGAGCUUUCUGAAGCUCAAUCAUUUUCCAUCCGAGAUGCAUCAGACAUGCCUGCCAUCCCCGGUGCAUGGGCAGACGACGAUGAUCAAGUUCUCUACACUUCAGGCAUAGACAACGAAACAGUUUCCCGCAAUGCGCCACCUGCCAAUGACGACGGUAAUGAAUUUCAGAUUUUAAAAAAUAAGAACAAAAUGAGCAAGAAAAAGUGCCGAUUUUCCGAUUGGACUGAUGAAAGUACGUCUUUGCAGAUAGAAAUGAAAGAUAUUUCGGAAUCAACAACGCCUAAUCCUUUGAGGCAAUUGCGUAAACCGUCCACUGCAUCUAGUGAACUUCCUGAAGCUACUAUUCCGAAGUCUGAAUCAUUCCAAGUUGCUCCUGAAUUCGCUCCUGCACAGUCGAUUUCCGAUGCAGAAAAUUCCCAAGAGUCCUUCACACAAGCUGGCCACAUUGAAUCGUCCAAUUGUACGUAUACAACAUCUGAAAUUCCCAGAGACUUUAUGCACGAGGCCGUCUCGCCAAAACCUAAAGGUGGUUCAUUCAAAGGUUCUCCCCUGCAACCUUCCGUUAUCGACGGCGACAAAUUAUUAGAUGUUAUAACCAAAAGCGAACGGAGGUCCUCUGGAAAUGAAAAUGGUCUCGUUUCAGUUUCUGAUGAAAGGGAGGAGUUACGGAGCAAACCUCCCAAUCCAGGAGGGCCAAAAACUGAAGUUGUUAUUCAAGCCGGCGUUGGGGAAGUUAGAGCAGUCGGAGAGACAACAGAAGACUUGAUUGUUCUUACAACCGACGACGGCGUUCCGUCUGACGAUCCAGUCUCUAAAACUCUGACAAUGACUGAAGUACACGCUCUUUCAUUUUCAGUGGAGGAAGCAGCACCACUUUUCCCACAACUAUCUCCACAGCCACCGGUAUCUGAAGAUUUUGAUUGUGUGAUAGAGAAUGCGACCAAUAAUGACUCAAAUUCUGUAUUGGAACAAGGAAACAUUGUUAUCUCACCGACAAAAGAAAUUGACCUGUUGGCAUUUGGUGGGCCACUUGUAGCGCUAAGGGUGGAGUCCAAAAAACAACCACAGACAAAAGAUGAAGACAGACACAUUUCGAGUAACAUGGACGCUCAAAAUCUCAUGGGCGCAUAUCUUUCCGAUGUCAUGUUUUCUGAAGAUAUUCUUCUCUCAGCUUUGCCUGAAUCUUGCGAUCCCAAUUCCACAAAGCCAGAUAUAGGGCCUGUACCUGAUCCUCAACUUAACUCUGAGCCCGACAGCUGGAAUGCCACGUCAACAGAAAAAGGGAAGAAAAAGUAUAACAAGAAAAGCCGGGAUACUCAUGAAAAUAGAACUCCCACAACCAAUGAACCAAAUACUAAUCCUUUUACCGACACCGCCACUACAUUUGAUCCCGGCGAGUUGAUCCUUGAGUUGACGAACGAAAAUAUUGAUAGAAAGGCUUGUGACUGGGAUGUACCGAUAACUAAGAAGGACAAGGAGAAAAACACAAAGUCUCUUCAUCUUGAAGAAAGUAGUUUUCCCACUCAGUCAACUAAAAUUCUACAUAUUACCGAGAAUCCAUCAUUUGCAUCGGCAGAUGCAGAAUAUGAGGGGAGAGAUAUCCUUUUGAGUGUCACCUCCACUGACGAGGGGAAGAAGAAUAACACGAUAAACCCCGUUUUACAAGAAAGUAACGUCAUUCCUGGUAAGCGGCUUGUGGGUGAUCAUGUGGCAUCUGAAGAAAACGAAGUACAAUUUGAGCAGCGAGAGGCUGAUAGCUUGAACGUCUGGGCCACCAAUCUAGAAAAUGGAGACAAUAAAAAUAAGGAAAUGGACUCAGCGUUUGGAAAAGAUAAAGUCAUCUCUGAUAACCAUUCCAGUGAAGAUUUUGCGAACGUUUUGGAUGACGCAAAACCAUCUGGAGCAACACAUGUAAAUGCAGAACAGAAGGAAGUUGACAGCUGGAGCACUACAAGUACAAAGAAGGGCAAAACAAAAAAUAGAAAGACGCAAGCUGUUCAAGACGACCCUUCUCCUUUAGCUGUUCCUGAGCCUCAGACCCAGAUGGAAUUUGACCCUCAGACAGAACUGAGUCACCAGGAAUGGAAUUCUACGUCGGAAAAACCAGGGAAGAAAAUUGGAAAGAGUCGAGAUGGUCAACCUGAAGGUACUCUGGUUGCGGAAUCCUUACAUCUCCUGCCCAAGACAACAGAGCCUGAACCAUCAAAAUCUCCAAGUCGUGGCGCGUCGAAAAAGGAAAAGAAAGCCAAAAAGAAGGGAAAGAGAGAACUUUGGGGUACAAAUGAUGAUGACAAAGAUGAUGUAGUGAAAGCCAUCCAAGUUCCGGAUGAACCGUUUAACACUAUCAACCGCGGUCCUGCUCUUCCAACCGAGACACAAACCACUGAAGCACAAGCUCUCACCGGGGUCCACGCUACAGAGGCACAAAUAAUUGCUGCAGAGAAAUUUGAGAAAGAUGAUUUUCCAGCGCUUGAGAAAACUGCCAGAAGCUUGGCAUUGGAACAGAAACUGCAGGUUGCUAAUGAAAUUAAGGAAACCCAAUCUGGUGUUGACAAUGGGUCUUCUCUUCCAGCACCGGCUAAUCCUGAGUUGAACCCCCAUGAGACGAAGGGCGACUAUGCAGAUGAGAAUUAUAAGGAUAAUGUUUGGGAAGGGCUAUCGAACAAGAAAAUAUUGAAAAAGGAUAAGAAGAAUAAGAAGGGAACAAGGCAUGCUGUGGACGUCGAAGAGAAGGUUGAAAAGCCAGUGGAGGAUGUGAAAGAAGUAGCAGAGCCAAGUCAGGAGGCAGUACCUCAGGAAAGCGCAUCAUUGAAAAGAUUUCUAUCAAAGAAAGAAAAGAAGAAGAAACAACUUCUGAAAUUUGAUGAGUCAACAACGCAACCGGAACUCCUUCCCAUACUUGACGUAUCUGCUACAGAAAUUUCUCCAGAGAAGGACGAUGGAUUCACAGAAGUACCACAAAACCCGGAGCCUACAGAGUCACCAAUAAGAAAGGGAGUCUUCGAUAAACCACAAAAUGAGGAUUACGAUUACUGGCCGUCAAUUGAUUGGCUUCAAGAUAAGGCUUUGAAUUCUCAGUCGAAGCCAAAGGAACUCGAUACAUCGUCACUCGAUUUGUUCCUCUCGGGUGAUGAGCCAAACCCAAGAGAGGAUCAUUUCACACAGCAAUCGCCACACUCACCCAAACUAGUUGAUAAUUCUAUUGGCGACUUCGAUGAAGAUGCCAGCCUUGUUGGUCAGAGUGGAGGCGAUAAAUCAGCUGCUGAUUCGCUCUUGUCGUCAUCAAGCAAGCGAGUUCCUCCUGAGCAUAAGUGUGUUAGCGACCACCGGCCAGAAAGCGUUCUCAAUAGCGAGCUACCUUCUAUUUCACUAGACGCUGACGUCGGCACUGAAGCUCUCCUGGAAGACUUUGAUGUCGCUGGACUCUUGAAAGAAAAUCUCAGUGAACGAUUGCCUUCCCCGCUUUCAGUUCCGCAAUCACCGGAUGCGGUUCUAGCCUUGGAAAAAGGCCCGGCAAUAGAAUCACCUGAAAAUAUGGAAGGUGCUCAUCCAUCUAUUGGAUUUUCAGCGGUGACCAUAAGCGAUGACUUUUGGGCUGUUGGCGGAAGCAAACAGAAAAAGAGUAAGAAAGGUAAAGGUAAAAAGAAAGCGCUUGAACAAGAGGGCUGGGAAAUUUUGAGCCAUUCUGGCCCUCUUGCAGAUGAUCCUGCCGAUACCGAACCUCCUGGUUGCAACACCACCAAAGCGCUACCCGAAAUGUUCGUUGAAAGCCCCGCUGCGGCUACACAUGUCGAAGCAGUAGAACCUCCUAUAGCACCUGUAAUUACUCGAAUGAAGGAUGACAAUGACAGUUUUUGUGGGGUUAGUGGUAAGAAAGGAAAGAAUGGCAAGGGUCUAAAGAAGAGACAGAAGGACCAGCAGGACGUCCAUGUUGAUGAAGGCCGAGCUCCCCAUCAACUCCUGGCGGAGACUCUAGAAACGCACGCUUCAAAGGAGGUCACUUCAUCAAGAUCACAUUUGGAGGAGCAUGGCAAAUCACAACCAUCCGGAGUAGUAGCCAGCGUUUUCCCGUUCAUUGAACGGGUAUCUAGAAGAUACCCCUCUGAAGAUGCGGCCUCCAAAGAGACACCCACACAGGAGAUACAAUCAGCCUCGACAAAAGAUUAUAUCUUUCCGCUACUCUCCGACCUAAAAAUUGAUGCUGAGGUCGUUUCUAAGUUCGAAGAUUCCGUGAAAUGCCGACCGAGCCUUGACCCAAUCCCAGAGAUCCCGGCUGCUGUAGGAGAUUACGAUCAUUCAAUCGAUGUGAGUUAUAAGCAUUCCGAGCCCGAAUUGCCAGUCAUCAAACACACUCUUGAACGGAGGCCGUCUUUUUUGGAUUCAAUAUCGGAAAGGAGGUCUUCAUCUCCAUCUUUCCUUUCUUCCCCGUUGACGCGAGUUGACGUGGAGCAUUCUAGGCCGGUUUCCCAUAAACCUGCUGGACGCGAACUUUCCCAAUCCUCCACCGUUUACCAGGACUCUAAAAGUCUUCAGAGUGGGUCGUCUGUUAUUCUGCCAGCUAUCAGUCUUAGGCGACAGAAAGAGACAGGAGCUAGUCCUAAAAUUCCUCCUCUAGAACAACCUCACUCAAUAUUUGGAGGCCCUUUCGGACUUGGGGGCGACCAUGAUGUGAUGGUAUCUCCUCCACGAACCCCACUUGCGACGAUAAAAGAACAUGUUCCAACAGACUCUCCGCGCAAUGCGCGUAACCGCGAGCUUUCUGACGUUGGAUCGCGUGACAGAGGAGUGAAAGCUGCCCGGCAUACAGAAAACCCACACCCUGCAUUUGGGCCAAAGCAUGUGUCACCACCACGUAAAUUCAAUCAUGCUUCAACGCCAUCACAUUCGAGCAGUGAUGCGGCGGCAGAUAGAGGUUUAGCGUCCCAGCUAGACACUUUGGAUAUCCCGAAAAAGGGGCGUGUUGAUCGGUUCCCCACCAGCCAAAGACGGUCUCCAGGUAACCCGCAUCCCCACGAGUGGACAACAUCACCCGAACAUAGGGAAACCUCACAAUCUCUCAGCGUUGGCAGCACAGUCUCUUCGGGAGGUUCUCCAGUUCCAGGGCUGCGUCGAGUGCCCAGCACUAGCAAUACAGACCUUAGGGCAGCUAGCAAACACGACAAAAUCACUAGAUCCAUGUCACGUGACUCCGAACGCGACUUGGAGGGCAUUGCUUCGUCAAGUCAUUACGACCCGGUCAUUGACAAAGGAAAGCGACCGGUGCGUGGCAUGGAGGAUGUCUACGAGGGUUGGGGUGACGUGCCCGGCAGUUCCCCGCGUUCGCCAACCCGCCCACAUAGCAUGCGGAGACGACGCAGCUUGCAACAUCUCCAGGACCUCGAAACCCGCGUCGACCAUCUCGUAUCUGAAAAUCGCCUACUUUCCACCCAAAAAGCCAACGUAGAGAAAUUCCUCGAAUCCCAGACCAUCGCCCAGAGACAGGCGGAGCGAGCACUACAAACACGUGACCAGGAUAUCUGCAGCAAGGACUUGGAGAUUCUACAGCUGAAGAACACUUUGGAGUGGUUCAAGAAGGAAAUUGCGCGCUUAAUAGAGACAAAUGAUGUGCUUACGGCAACUAAUACUGGGCUGGUGGCCUCGCAUGCGUCCGAAAUGAGGCAGCACGCUGAAUCCAAGCAACAUCUAUUCGAGUCACAACAAGGUUUAAGGGAACUUCAGGAUGAACACUCUCAGCUGUCUGCCGGCCUGGAAGGGAUUGUACAGAAUGAGAUAAAUAAUAUCUUGGCGGAGAAGAAUGCUGAACUUGAACACUUGCGUUCUGAACUAGCCAACGCGCGGGACAAGGUCAAGGAACUUCAAAUACAGAUCAUGGAGACCAUGGCUGACGAUGUGCUCGUUUUUCGGGAUGAAGAUUACUUCGAUGCACAAUGUCAAAAGCUUUGCCAACAUGUACAACAGUGGGUGUUGCGGUUCUCCAAGUUCUCGGACAUGCGGCUGUGUCGACUUACCAGCGCACUCCGCGACGAGAAAGUCACAGCGCGGUUCGCAAAUGCCAUCCUUGAUGGCUCAGAUGUCGAUACAUACCUUUCCGAUCGUGUUCGACGAAGAGACGUGUUUAUGUCAGUGGUGAUGACACUGGUUUGGGAAUACAUCUUCACUCGGUAUCUCUUUGGUAUGGAUCGGGAACAAAGACAGAAAUUAAAGACCUUGGAAAAGCAGCUGAGUGAGGUAGGACCACCAAGUGCCGUCCAGCAAUGGAGAGCUACGACGCUCGCACUUCUUGCUAAGCGACAAGCGUUCCAUGAACAGCGUUCCAGUGACACCGAAGCAGUGGUGCAGGAAAUCUAUUAUACUCUUUCCAAGCUGCUACCCCCUCCGCGCGACUUAGAAAGUACAAUACUGGAGUCAUUGCGGAACGUCAUGCGAGCAGCGGUGGAUCUUUCUAUCGAAAUGCGCACGCAACGGGCAGAGUACAUCAUGCUGCCACCUUUACAACCAGAACACAAUGCCAACGGCGAACUAGCCCGCAAGGUACACUUCAAGGCCGCUCUAAUGAAUGAGCGAAGCGGCGAGACAACGUCGAACGAAGAGCUCGAGGCACAAGAAGCGGUUGUGAGGAUAGUGCUGUUCCCGCUCGUGGUCAAGAAGUGCAGUGACGAAGGGGACGGCGAUGAAGAGAUUGUGGUGUGUCCAGCGCAAGUGCUUGUUGCGCGACCGGGGAAGGAUAAGAAGGUGGUGAGGGUGCUUAGUGGGGACCGGAUGUCUAUUGACCAGACAAACCAGUCGAUACAGAGCCAUCCGUCCAUCAGCAUAGAUCCGGGCAACGUGAUAUGA